UUCAUAUUUGCCCGCCGGUAAAGUUUUCCCGCUUGAAAGGGCGCAUGGGAAAACCCUACGGUGCGCCCUGCAGUCAUUCUAGUCUCGUAAAGCUCUAAUAUGGUUUGGCAAUGGCGCUUCCUGAUUGAAUUCUCUGCUACUGUUGGUGGAUGACGAGCGGCGACGAGGACGAAAGUGGGGCAGACUGGAAUUCAGAAGCUGGGCCUUGGCGUCGCCAUCGUUGUCCUCCAGCUAAACCAAUGGCCGCUUUCAGGAGAUUAGGGGAUAUUUCAACCUGAAAUUGCAAACGCAUAGUUGUUAAUAGUUCUCUACAAAUUUCCAACUGUUCUGGGUGCUACAUGCUAGGGUUUUGUUUGAAAAGCUUGAAAUUCGCUGCUUCGAGAAUCUCGAUUGCUGUUGGCGUCAAUGUCAGUCUUCUUCGAUUCUUCGGCUCUCAACCUGUAUUAUCCACUUGCCGGUAUCCGUCUCUCACAAUCAGAGGUUACCAACUGCUUCGCUGCCUCUCCAAGCACAGGAUAUAUGACGCACGCAACCUGCUCGACGAAAUGCUCCCAGGGGGAAACUCCCGCAGCCGUACGGUUUACUGCACUUCUCUGGUUACCAAGUUUUCCAGGAGUGGGUUCGUGGAUGAAGCUCGUUUGCUGUUCGAUAUCAUGCCAGCGGAGAGGAAUGUUGUUACUUACAACGCAAUGUUGUCCGGUUAUGUCCAGUGCGGGAGAUUGAAGGAGGCGAUGGCACUGUUUCGGGAGAUGUCUGAAAGGAAUGUUAUUUCUUGGACAUCGAUGCUUUCAGGGUUGCUGAUGCUGGAAGAAUAGGUGAGGCCAAGUUGCUGUUCGUGAAUAUGCCUGAGAAGAACGUGGUUUCAUGGAAUGCCAUGGUUGUUGGGUUGAUUCGGAAUGGGGAUUUGGAGCAGGCAAGGUUGGUUUUUGGCAAGACGCCAGUUAAAAAUGUGGUUUCUUGGAAUACCAUGAUUGCAGGUUACAGAGAUAGUGGUCGAAUGGAUGAGGCGAGGACCCUGUUUGAUAUAAUGCCCGAUCCAAAUGUGUUGACUUGGACUAGUAUGGUCUCUGGUUAUUGCAGGGUUGGAGAAGUGGCUGAGGGAUAUAAUAUGUUUCACAGAAUCCAUGUCCAAAAUGUUAUUUCUUGUACAUCCAUGAUUAGUGGGUUCACAUGGAAUGGUUUCUAUGAAUAAGCAUUGUUGCUUUUCCUGUAUAUGAAUAGGAGCUCUGAUAUAACACCAAACAGUGAGACCUUGAUUUCCCUUGCUUAUGCCUGUGCUGGCUUAAGAUUUUCUGAACUUGGCAGGCAGGUUCAUGCUCAGAUGCUUGUUCAUGCAAUGCAAUGUGAUGAUUAUGAUGGCAGAAUAGCUAAGAGCCUUAUUUACAUGUACUCUUCAUUUGGUGCCAUGCCCUCUGCACAAUACUUAUUCGACAACUUCUCCGACGACUGUGUUCUUCAGUCUUGCAAUUGCUUGAUUAAUGGCUAUGUUAGGGUUGGAGACUUAGAGAAGGCUCGAGUUUUAUUCGAUGCAGCACCUUCCCGUGACAAGAUCACGUGGACUUCAAUCAUUAGUGGUUACUUCAGUGUUGGACUCAUGUUGCAGGCUUGCCAUCUAUUUCACGACAUGCCUUUCAAGGAUGCAAUUGCAUGGACAACAAUGAUCACAGGGCAUGUACAAAAUGAGCUCUUUGAUGAAGCUAUGCAUUUCUUUUCGGAAACGAGGACUUGCGGUGUUAUUCCCCUAAGUUCCACAUACACCAUUCUUUUCGGUGCUGCUGGUGCAAUGGCAUAUCUUGAUCACGGAAGAUCGCUGCAUGGGAUGAUUAUCAAGACACAACCUGGCUUUGACUUGAUCCUUGAGAAUUCUGUGGUCUCCAUGUAUGCAAAAUGUGGGGAGCUCCGUGAUGCCUAUGAAAUUUUCUCACGGAUGACUUCACGCGACCAGAUCUCUUGGAAUUCUAUGAUUAUGGGGUUCGCUCAUCAUGGUCUGGUCAGGGAAGCCUUACAGGUUUUCGAAGCCAUGGCGGAAUCAAGAACACGCCCCAACGCCCUCACCUUUUUGGCUGUCCUAUCGGCAUGUAGUCAUGCCGGCUUGCUUGACAAAGGGUUGGAGUUAUUCACUCUGAUGACUGAAGUUCAUGGAAUCCAACCAGGUUUGGAACAUUGCAUCUCCAUCGUCAACAUACUUGGCCGAGCAGGAAAACUUGAAGAAGCAGAGAAUUUCAUCUCAGGACUACCGUUCCAUCGACACCCUGCUAUCUUGGGAGCAAUGCUCGGUGUGUGCGGGCCAGACAAGACGAGCCUUGGAAUUGCCCAACGGUCAGGUAAACUAGUCCUUGAAGUCGACCCAAUGAAUGCAGCUGCUCAUGUCCACCUCUGCAACUUGUACGCAUCAAACGAUCACCACCUGAAGGAAUAUAAGCUGAGGCGGGAUAUGGCUACGAAGGGUGUUAAGAAGGUUCCAGGAUGCAGCUGGAUCGUACUGAGUGGGAAAGUUCACUUGUUCUUAUGCGGAGAUUCGUUGAACCCAGAAGCUAAAGAGUUGUUAACUUCCAUGUCCAAUUCUGGUUGCUGCUGAAACAGCAGUUUUCCAAGUUGCCGCGCUUCCGUCCCUAGUAAAUGGAAGUUUGUCGGAGAUUUAUAACUUCCACCAGCGUCGAUCACAGGAAGCAAAAGGAUAGCAUCCUUAAACGACACGCCGUUGUGAUGUCAAGCGUCCUUCCAUUCAUAAACAGAAAAAACUAAAACGGGAAAGAAAAGAAGAAUUCGAAGCGCCCCGACCCUUCAGCGGGAAACUGCCUUGCCGUUUGUCAGCCGCUGCCGGCCAAUAUAAUAAUGUAGAAACCCACCGCCAUUGACGAAAAUGCAGAAGCUAAACUUGCAAGCCAAGUUUCUUAUUCCGUCCCCGCUGUAUUAUUAUAAAGAGGUUCCGUCGAUCAAUAAUUUAAGGGGAAAAAUCGAAGAGUCCUAAUUAAAGUUGAGACUAAAAACAUGAUUAAUUACAAUCUUAUGCUGUUCUUCCUAGUUUUAGUGUCAUUUUCUCCAAAUUGCCAGUCAUGGGGAUGGUUCUCUUCUUCGUCCUCUUCAGCUUCUGCCGCUGAGGAUAGAGGAGGAGGAGUGGCGGUAGCCGAGUUCUCCAUGGACGGUCCUGCAAAUGCCAAAGGAAUGGAACUGGUUGAAAAGGCAAGGAGUAAAUUGGUUGGUUCGAAUUCUUGCUGGCAGAACGCUUACCAACACAUCUUUGCUGGGUGCACCCAAAUUUUCGCCAAUGACGAGAAACGCUCUAGAUUCGCCUGGCAUCUCAGCGAUUGCUUUCAGAAGGACUCUGGGAGGGGACCUUUCCCUCACUGCGGCGAGGAUUCGGCCAUGAUUCAUUGCUUGAAGAAGUUGGAUGACCAUGAACAGAAAAUCUAUCUCGAGUUCUUGCUGGAAACCAAUUCCAUCUGCUAUCAAUUACAGGUACACGCCUUCAACCGUGAAACUGAGAGGUUGAUUAAUGAAUUAACAAGUUCAGCGCAAUAUACAGAGCAGAAAUUGGACGUAAUAAAAGAUACAACGUCCUCUCUACUAAAAAGCUCGAACCAUAUUCAUGAUUCGUUGAGUUCAGUGGAUCUCCAAGUUCAGCAUGUCAUCCAAACAACAAAGGGUGUGGAGAAUCAGAUGGACACAUUGUCGAAACACUCGGAAGCUGUUUACAGACGAUCAGAGGAAAUUGCACAGUCACAAUCGGAGUUACGAGCAGGACAAGAAAGGAUGAAUGAGGACUUGAAGGAGGGAGUGACAAUGCUUCAUGAUGCUUACAAUAGUUUGGGUGAGGAAGUAGGCAACCUGAGGAAUGAGGCAAUAGAGAUUGUGAAGCAGGUUGACAGUGUAGGAGAAGCAAUUUCAUUCAAGUUUCAGACUCUACAGAGCAAAGCCGAUGACAUCGAGAACAUGGCGGGAAGUUCCUUGAGCAAGCAGCAAGAGCUUCUAGAUGGACAAUCCACUGCACUCAAAGGUCUUCAGAUCCUCACGGAAUCCCAAUCUGCAGCGCUAAUAGAAAGCAGGAAUGCUGCGCAACAUUUGGUUGAUCUGAGUCGUAAACAACAGGAAGAGCUUCUUCAUAGGCAGGAGCAACUUCACCAAGUUCAUGAUCACUUGGUUGAGAAUUCACAGUCCAUAUUGGCAGCACAGGAAGCUUUCGAGAUGAAGCAAGCAAGCAUGUUUGUCGCUCUCGACAAGUUGUUUGAUCUGCAUAAUGCAAUGCUGCUCGAAUCACGAGCAAUCAAAGCUUUCUUCAUCUACGUCAUGUCAACGUUCAUCAUCUACAUGCUCACGAGCACUAAGCAGACAUAUCCAGUGAGGGCAAACCUCUAUAUUGGUCUAUGCAUCACUUUCAUCAUGGAACUGGUAAUCAUUCGACUCACACCAGGUGAUAUCAAGCAACAAACUUGGAUAAUCAAUCUGAUGAGGUCGUUGUAUGCGGUGUUAGCUAUUCUUCAGCUUCUACACGCCAUUUACACAUACAGGGACUAUGAGGCGUUAAAUCAUAGAAUGAUCGCAUCGUUGGUAGAGAUGGUCAACUCCUUGCAAAGAAACAAGGAGGAUUCAUGGGAAGAAGACAGCGAUGUGGAUUGGCCAUCGUGGAUUGAAGAUGAGUUACCAGAAGAAGUUGCCAGUUUAGAAGAUCCCGACUAUGUACCUCCCAAUGAUAUGACAGACAAGUCGAUCGUAUGUGUUCCCAAGACGAGUAACUAUGAUCUCCGCCAACGACACCAUUAAGUGUGAUCCUAAUGGCGAGAGCUCGCUCGAUCAACCAUGGUGGUGACUACUGCAAUUACACAGCCAAGUCAUUGCUGGAAACAUGUCAGCCUUGUAGUUGCAGUCUUUCUGUUGGGUUCAUCAGUUGUCUGUGGUAGUAGCAGCAUGAUAGUGGAAGAUGGGUUGAAGAGUUUGCAGAAAGUAGAGCUACCAGAAGGAGUGGAAGGGCCAGAGAGCAUUGCAUUUGACUGCAAUGGGGAAGGACCUUAUGUUGGUGUCUCUGAUGGCAGGAUCCUCAAAUGGCAUUCUUCUGCUGCUGCUCAACUUGGCAAGUGGGUGGAAUUUGCCAUACCUUCCAAUAACAGGGACAGGAAGGCUUGUGAUGGGUCAACAAACCCAAAGCUGGAGCCCAAUUGUGGGAGACCAUUGGGCCUGAAAUUCAACCCAUUAACAUGUGAGCUCUACAUAGCAGAUGCCUAUUUUGGGCUACUGGCAGUAGGCCCACAGGGCGGUGUGGCUAAGGUUUUGGUUUCCUCUUCCCCUCAAGGCAUCCCUUUCAGGUUCUUGAAUGCUUUGGACAUCGACUCCACCACUGGGAUUGUGUACUUCACUGACACAAGCCUUUACUUCCAAAGAUGGGACUGGAUACUAUCGAUCAUAACUUCAGACAGGUCGGGAAGACUACUGAGAUACGAUCCACGCUCGAAAAAACUUGAAGUUUUAUCAGAAGGGCUGGCAUUUCCAAAUGGUGUGGCACUAAGCAAGGACAGAUCCUUCCUUCUGGUGGCAGAAUCAAGCACCAUGAGGAUCCUCAAGUUCCCAUUGCUCCUUCUUCUUCACCAUGAUGAUGAUCAUGAUCAGCUGAUGAGCAGCUCCCCAGUGGUGCCAGAGUUGUUUGCUCAGCUUGGGAGGUUUCCUGACAACAUAAAGAGGAACCCUAGUGGGGAUUUUUGGGUGGCACUCAACUCUGGUAGAGGCAGGAUUCUUUCAACUUCAUCAGAAUCUUCUUCUUAUGGUAGCUGGUUUUGGAUGAUGGGGCAGAAGAACAAGAAGAUGGAUCCUGUGGGUGUGAAGCUGAGUGAAGAUGGUGAAGUGGUGAAGGUGGUGGAUGGAGGUGGUGGAGAUGCUUUGAAUUCAGUGAGUGAAGUUUUGGAAGCAGAGGGAGGAGAAGGGGGUUUGUGGAUUGGUUCUGCUGUUCAGUCCUUUGUUGGUCGCAUUGUUACCAACUAAACUUGUGCAAUGUAAUUGUAUAUGGCCUAAUAAUAUACACGGUAAGAUCGACAUUGUUGAUGAAGAAUUACCAUAAAUCCAUGAGUUCAUGAUUCCAGAUAUUGAAAUUAUUUGACACCAGGGAAUUAAAUUAUAAGUACUGUUUGUAUGGCGUCGACUGGGAAAAGG